GGCCCGAGAGCAUGCAGCCAAUUGAGGCGACCGAGGAAGUGACAGAGGAUGGCACAAUGUCGUUGAAUAUGUUCCAUUAGUCCGAACCGCGUUCUACUCGCUGCGAGGUUCACCACCGGCGGUCGGACGGUCGCCGUUAAAUAUUAACUCUCGAUCGGCGCACUUUUAUCCGAGGAAAAAAUACAGGCCACAAGUGAUAAUUCCAGGAGUCGAGAUGAUCGGGAUCUUCGUUUUCAUCUGCCUCCUGACUAUACACAAUCCCGUAUCGUCGAAUCAAUGCGGAAAGGUGUGGCUAACAGUAUCGUCUCUGUGGCGGCCGGUGGCGAUCAACAAUAAGGUUGUGGACGCGGAAUUGGAGGUCAAUUGGGACCUGGACUGUCCUGCAAACGCAGGAUAUCCGGACAGCAUUAAGGUGUUCACGUCUGAUCCGGCGCACAACAAGACGAUAAAACCGCAGCUGACUUUACUACUCGCCGAGCAUCCCCGGGGUUAUUACAGGACUAAUAUAACCGUUGGAAGACCACCACUCCCAGGAGGAUGGGACGAAGGAGGAGGCGCCACACUGCCAGGACCUCACUGCCUGAAGCACCAUGCAGCGUUAUAUAAGAACGGCGAAUACCUCACCAGUUCGUGUCUGCAGAUUUGGCCAACGUGGAUGUACGACUUGAGGAGGCAACUAGGAAGACUGCCAAUCGGCACUCUCAUGAUCCCAGGCACUCAUAACUCAGGGUGCUACAAACAUGGCGACCUGACUCGAAGAGACGCUUUUCAACGGUACCUCCUCACCCAGGAUCGCGACGUGUGGACCCAGCUGGUCCACGGCAUCCGGUACCUGGACAUCAGAGUCGGAUACUACCCUUCGAUACCCAGGAACAACACGGUCGUUGAGGAGACCAACUUCGUGAACAGGUUUUGGGUGAACCACGACAUCAUCAGGAUAACACCGCUGAUGAGCAUCAUCAAGGACGUGAGGAACUUUUUGGAUGUGGCCAGAGGCGAGGUCGUCAUUCUGGACUUCCACAGAUUUCCGGUCGGAUUCGAAGGCCGACCGAGCCGACAUCGUCGACUGGCUUCCAUCUUGCACCGGGAAUUUGGUGGUUUGAUUCUCAGACCUGACAGAGGAGUCGACGGCCUUGGACCGACCCUGAACGACAUCUGGACCGUUGGUCGCAGGCUGGUGAUAUGUUACGGGGACCAGCAAACGGUGAACGAGUACGACUGGCUUUGGCCACCGAUGACGCAGGCCUGGGGUAAUCAGCAGACUGCGGAGGGCUUGAAACACUACUUGGAGAGGACGAUUCUUGGGAGUAAACGGCCCAGGAGUAAUCAGAAUCCUUUGUGGGCGGUUAUGGCUGAGUUGACGCCGAUUCCUUUGGACAUAAUGCUGAAGCCCUCGGGAGGUCUUCGCCAAAUGGCCGAUUCGAUAAACAGGAAUUUGACUGUAUGGUUCCAGGACGAGUGGUGGAAGCAGACGAAUAUCGUGGCGACUGAUUUCUUCCUUGGGAAUAAUCUUAUCGACGUUUCUAUACAGUCUAAUAUCAAAAAGAGUAAUAUUGCUCAUUGGCGUUUGUAGUCGAGUCGAAAUCAAUUGAUGUUAUUUUUAAUGUAUUAUUUCAGCCACGUUUAUGAAUUCCGUGGGCCUGAUUGUUUUUGUUUUUUUUCUUCGUGAUAAUUUUAGUUCAAUGAUAACGACCAAUUGUUCGUUAAUGCCUUAAUACUGUUAUUUAUUUUAUUAAAAGAUCCAAUUUGCGAAUUCAUCUGCUAUAUGUAAAUCUUGAUGUUACUCUUAAGAAAUUAUCGGUGAGUCACUUGCUGAAAUAAAUUGAGAGGAGAGGAUAUUCUGCAGGUCGGUUGAAACCUGAUUGUUUAUUAUUUACAUUUAUAAUACAAUAUUAAACGGUCGAAAUUC